ACAAUUUCUUUCCACAAGUGCAAUUCGAACGCCUAAAAUCACAAAUCAGUUUCCUAAAAUCAUAAACCCUUGUUCCAGAUUCGUCGUUUUGCUAUAAUCCUGUAUAGGAAUUGAGCUCAACGAAAUCGGAAUUGCUCGAUAAUGGCGAUGAACGGCGGAUUGAGAUCUUGUGCUUCCAAGCUUAUGAAUUCGGCAACUAUGCCCAAAUCAGGGAACAGGGGCAUUCACUCAACUAGUGUAAAGAAGAUGGGAGGAGGCCAUGGCCAUGAUGAGCCUUUCUAUCUACAUGCAAAGCACAUGUACAACUUGGACAGGAUGAAUCAUCAGGCACUGAAAAUGAGCAUUGCUGUCUUCACUGCAUUCAGCAUUGGUGUUGUAGUCCCAGUUUAUGCAGUAGUCUUUCAGCAGAAGAAGACUUCCUCAGCGUAAUUUUUCUUGUUGAUAUCUGCAUUUGUGGCAAUAAUUGACAUUUGAGCCUUGUGUAGGAGAGAAGCAAACACCGAGGAUACACUGAUUGAAAAGAAUUUAACAGUCUUUUGCAUUCACUGUCUUUAUGUGUCUACUUGCUUUGAUUUGUUCCAACUACAAUGCUACAAUGCUGAUUUCCCUUCUAUCAACAUUUCACUUUCUCACUUUGAUAUUUCUUGGAUCUGUCCCAAAUACAAUGCCAUUUUUUCUUCUA